AUGUCGCUCCUCCAACUCGCGCCCGACGUCCUCCAGCCCAUCGUCGGCCUCCUCCCGCAACCGAUACCCUCAACCUCGCCCGCGUCUCCCACGCGGCCCAUGCGCUCGCCCUCCCCCGCAUCCUCGCCCACCUUCGAGCCUUCUGCGCUUCCGUCCUCAAAAAUCCUCACCGUGCCCCGCUCGUCCGCUCUCUGGAGCUCCGUCGCGACGCCGUCCGCCGCGAGCGCACCUACGAAGUCGACUCCGAUGCCGCGCGUGCUUCGCCCCGGGUACGUCCACCACAUCAACCGUCCCCACCGCCUGGCCGUCCCUCGACCGCCUCUCACCGGCCGCCCGCCCUCCGCGCCCAUUCGCGCCCGCCAGCUCACCCUCCUCGACCCCGUGCGGAACGACGCGGCCGCCGUCGAGCAGGCCCUCGCCUUCAUCAAGCACGCGCGCCCCGUCGUCCUCAGCGUCGCCGUCGACGCGGACGUGCCGGACGCGGACUUUGUCGAGCGGCUGCGCGAGGUGUGCGGCGGGGAUGGCGUCGCCGGGUACGACGGCGUGCGGUUCCUCGAGCUCGUCCUGAGCGGGUGUCGGAGUCUCGCGCGGGUCGAGAGCUGGAUGGUGAGUCGUCCGUCCGUCCGUCCUCUAUCUCUCGUUCUCUUCCGUCUGUGCAUGCGUCCGUGCAGCGCACCCCGGCUACGCACGCGCAUACACCCGUCUUCCCCGCCUUCUCCCUCUCCCUCUCCUCUCCUUCCUCCCAGCGCGAAAAGCUCACCUCGCCCUCCCACAGACGCACGCCGCCACGCACCUCCACGCCCUCCCCUCGCCGGGCUCGCCCUCCUCAGCAGCACCCGCGCGACCUUCCCCACCCCGCGGCCCACGCCCUUCGCCUCCCCGCUCUCCAGCCCGCCCCUCGGGCCGUCCUCCCCCGCCUCCCCCUCCGCCGUCGACACGCUCGCGCUCGACGCAGACGCGGAGACCCCGACGAUGGAGACGAUGUACGGCGCACCGCGGCGCGCGCCCCCGGGCGUGGAGGCGCUCGCGCGCGCGGUGCGGGGGGCGCUGCCGGGCCUGCGCUAUCUGGGGCUCGCGCCGUGCGGGCCUGCGGAGGGCCGGGGGAGGCUGGUGCGGAGUGCGAGUGGUUUGAGCUUGGGAGGGUCGGGCGCGCGAGGUGCGUGGGGCGCGCGGAGGCGGGGCGGGUGA